AUGCCGUAUACCUUUCAAGUCGGAAAUGUACUGGUGUCGGUGGACUGGGAUGACCUCUUGAGCCUCUUGAUCGUUGCGCUGUUCGUCAGGGCUUUCUUGUACCUACGCCGGACGAGGGUACAGGCACCCGCAUCCCCCAUUCUACCUGCGACAUCGAUCUCCCAGUCAGGAUCCGCUGGAUUGGCAGAGAAGGAGCCGAAGACGCUGCGCUACGGGUCUGGCAAGGCGGAGGGCGGCGCAUGGGACGCUACUGGCCCAGGAUACCUCCCCGAUCCCGAUCCACUUCUGGAGUUCGACCUGAAAACGGCGACGCUGCGUGAUUAUGUGUACGUGAACAAGGCGUUGCGCUAUCCGUACUUCCAGACGAUGGCGCACCAGCCACUACAUAUCAAUGAUUGGAUAGAAAUCGACAAGGAGUACCAGUGGUAUCUUGACGAGAAGGCGCGGGUGAUGAGAGAACAAGGCAAGAACCUUCUCCAGAGCUGGGUUCCGAUAGGUAGAGUCGUCGUGGACUCGCUCCCCGAAAACGACGCAGCCUGCACGGAGCUGCUCGAGACCCUCGUAGACUACCUCCCAAAGCGAUACCCAACCCUGUUCGAUGCAAUCCCCUCCAAGACACUUGGUCCCGUUCCGGAUGGCAUCCACAACAAGGUGACCGGAGAGACGUUUACGAACAUCUCAAAUCUGAAGGGCAUCGACGCCCUCAUGGUCGUGACGAGGCUCGUGAUGGACGACUUCCUCAUGGGCCGUGAGCGCGAGGACGGGAAGGUAUAUCUCGUCGGCGGCGUGAUCGUCUUCCCCGGAUCGUACCUGCUGUCAGAGAAGAUCGGGCAGCCGAUCCACCAGCUGCACGCGCAGAUCCCGCACUUCAACAAGAUGCUCACGAGCGUCGAGCGCACGAUGGUGCGGUUCGCGCCCGACCGGCCCUUCGAGCGGUGCAGCUGGUGGAUCGCGGACGACCGCGAGCUCUUCUGGCAUAACAUCAUCUCGAACGACGUGCGCGAGGACAUGCACCCGAAGGACCUCUUCCUCCGGUUCGACCACCAGACAUUCCGCAAGCUGCCGAAGACGAAGGGGAUCAUGUUCGGCGUGCAUCCCGUUCUGAAGCGCAUGCAAGACCUGGCUGACAACCCGCUCGUACCGGCCCUUCUUGCGAAGAUCCACACGGACUCGGACGAGACGCUGAUGAAAUACAAGGGCGUGGCGAAAUAUCAGCACAAACUCAUCCCGUACUUGCAAGAGCUCACGGAGCAGCAGAUCGCGAAGGGUCUGAUUAAGCGCGAGGACAUCGACGCUGUCGUCAAUUUCCGCGAUCAUCCCAAUGCUGGCGAGACGUGGAGGGGCUCUGCUGCUCUCUCCACCCACAAAGCUUAGUGGACCGUCACUGCUCGGGUUUCUGUGCGGAUCCCCCAAACGAUAUAGACCGCUGUGGCUGGUCACCUAGGACACUCGCCUCCUGGCACGCAAGAGUAAUCGCAACAGCCAAAAUCAUACUUUACGCUGAUGAAUUCUUCACAAUUCUGCAAUCACGAUAUCAUGCAUGCCCUCGAGAUACAUUUUCCUUCGCCAAU